AUGCAACCUGAACAGCAGCAGCAACAGCCUGUACAGCAGCAGCAGCAGCAGCAGCAGCCUGAGCGCGAACAACAGCAACAGCAGGAGCAGCCGCAGCAGCCGCAGCAGCCGCCGCAGCAGCAACAGCAGCAGCGGCAAGAAGAGGAUGCGCAGCGCAACAGCAUGACGGCUGCUGCACAGGAAACACAGCAGCAGCAGCAAGCGCAGCAGCAGCAGAUGCAGCAGCAGCAGCAGCAGCAGCCGCCGCAGCAGCAGGAGCAAGUGCAGCCCGAGGCGCCUCAAGUGCAGCAGCAGCAGCCGCCGCAGCAGCCGCAGCAGCCGCAGCAGCCGCAGCAGCAGCAGGGUAUGGGGCAAGAUAAAACUGCCCUCGAGUCCACCCAGCAAGAAGAGCAGCAGCUGCAGCAACAGCAGCAGCAAGUGCAGCAGCAGCAGCAGCAACUGCAGCAAGUGGAGCAGCAAGUUCAGCAGGAAGUGCAGCAACUGCAGCAAGAGCAGCAGCAAGUGCAGCAGGUGCAGCAGCAAGUACAGCGAGAAGAGCAGCAGCUGCAGCAGCAAGAGCAGCAGCAGCAGCAGGCAGACAGACAGCAAGAAGAGGUGCAGCAGCUGCAGCAGCAAGUGCAGCAGCUGCAGCAAGAAGAGCAGCAACUCCACCAACAAGAGCAGCAGCUGCAGAAAGAGGAACAGCAGCUGCUGCAACAGGAGCAGCAGUUGCAGCAACAGGAGCAGCAGCUGCAGCAAGGAGAGCAGCAGCUGCAGCAGCAAGUGCAGCAGUUGCAGCAACAGGGGCAGCAGGCACAGCAGGAAGAGCAGCAGCUGCAGCAGCAAGAGCAGCAACUGCAGCAAGAAGAACAGCAGCUGCAGCAAAAGGAGCAGCAGAAGGCGGGAGAAGAGCAGCAACUGCAGCAGGAAGAGCAGCAACUGCAGCAAGAGGAACAGCAGCAGCAGCAAGUAGAGCAGCAGCUGCAGCAACAAGUGCAGCAGCUGCAGCAAGGCGAGCAGCAGCAGCAGGAAAAAGUGCAGCAACUGCAGCAAGAAGAGCAGCAACUGCAGCAAGAGGAGCAGCAACUGCAGCAGGAGGCGACAAACCAGCAGCAGCAGGAACAGCUGCUGCAGCAGCAGGAGCAGCAACUGCAGCAACAGGUGCAGCAACUGCAGCAAGCGGAGCAGCAGCUACAGCAGGACGAGCAGCAGCUGCAGCAAGAAGAGGCGGCGCAGCAAAGAGAGCAGCAGCUGCAGCAAGAGCAGCAGCAGCUGCAGCAAGGAGCAUUGCCUGCAGGGCAGCAGCAGCAACGAAUUCAAGAGGAGCAGCAGCAGCAGCAGCAGCAGCAGCAGCAGGCAGCACAAACUCCUGCAAAUAUUAUAGCCGCAAAGCAACAGCAGCAGCAGCAGCAGCAGCAGCAGCAGCAGCAGCAGCAGGCAGUUUGUGUGUCUGCGCAGCAGCAGCAGCAGCUGCUGCAGCGGCUAGAAGCAUUCCUCGGCUCCCCCCGCUGCCGGGCCUCGUGGAGUGCUGAGGCUUUUGCUGAUAUUCUAGCAAUGCAGCAGGAGGGGCUGCUGCAGCUGCCAGCAGCAGCAGCAGCAGCAGCAGCGGGAGCAGCAGCAGCAGGAUUAGGGGGAGGACAACGCGUCGCAGAGCUGGUGCGGGCUCUUGCUGCUGCGCAUGAGAGACUGAGGCAGCAGCAGCAGCAGCAAAAGAAAGAAAAAGAAGAGAAGCAGCAGCAGCUGCAUGAGGAGCACCAGAUAAAGAUGAGACAGAUUCACCCAUACUAUAUGGACAUGCAGGAGCAGCAGCUGCUGCUGCAGCACCAGCUGCAGCAAGAGCUGCUGCGGCAGCAGCAUCAGCAGCAGCAAGAAGAGGUUGAAGCAUCACGCGCCCACACACGCACUGUGCUGCUGUCCCUGCUGCAGCUGCAGCCGUAUCUCGAGCAGCAGCAGCAGCAGCAAACAAACACCAGCAGCAGCAGCAGCAGCAGCAGCAGCAGCAGCAGCAGCGGGAGAGUGUUGUGGCUGGAUGUCGAGCUGCCUAUCGUUGCCCUCAGCAGCGCAGAGAGACACAGGCGCCGCUGCGCUUUGUGGUGGAUGCGGGGGCAGCAGCAAAAGAUACAGGAGAAGAGACAGCAGCUGCUUGCUCGUAUAUAUCAGCAGCAGCAGCAGCAGCAGCAGCAGGGGCUGACGGGGCAGGGGGAGCAGCAGCAGCUGCUGCAGCUGCGACAGCAGCUGCAGCAACAGGAAAAGGAAGAGGCAGAGCAGCGACAGCAGGACGAGCAGCAGCGGAUGCAACAGCAGCAGCAGCAGGAGGAGCAGCAGCGGAUGCUACAGCAGCAGCAGCAGCAGGAGCAGCAGCAGCAGCAGCAGCAGGAUGCAGAGGGGCUGCUGACUGUCCCCGGGCAAGAGACAAAGGAGACAGGAGAGACAGAUCAACAACAGCAGCAGCAGCAGCAGCAGCAGCAGCAGCAAAACUCUAGGCAGCAAGAAGAGCUCCUUCUUUUCGAAUCUCCGCCGGAAGGCGACAAGCAGCAUGAGCAACAGCAGCAGCAGCAGCAGCAGCAGCAAGGCGAAGGUUCUGGGUCUCUAGGCAGCAAGAAGAGCUCCUUCUUUUCGAAUCUCCGCAGGAAGGCGACAAGCAGCAUGAGCAACAGCAGCAGCAGCAGCAGCAGCAGCAAGGCGAAGGUUCUGGGUGUGCUCGGUGCAGGGGCAGGUGCAGCAGGAGCAGCAGGUGCUGCAGCAGGAGCAGCAGCAAAACAGCUGCUGUCUAGAGCAGGCAGAGUCUUUAGCCGCUCUGUGCAGCCAGGCAGCAGCAGCAGCAGCAGCAGCAAGAACAACAACAGCAGCAGCAGCAACAUCAGCAGCAGCCUGAAACCACAACCCAGCAGCAGCGACAACAGCCAAAAGGUGCAAGCCAGCAGCAGCAGAAACGAUGAAGAAGCAGCACAAGCUGCAGCAGCAGCGGAGACAGCAGCAGCAGCAGCACCUGAAACGUCAGCAGCAGCAGCACCACAAGAGAUACCAGCAGCAGCAGCAGAGACACCAGUAACACCAGACACUGCAGCAGCAGCAGAAACAGCAGCAGCAGCAGAAACAGCAGCAGCAGCAGAGCCAGCAGCAGCAGCAGAACCAGCAGCAGCAGCAGAAACAGCAGCAGCAGCAGAAACAGCAGCAGCAGCAGAAACAGCAACACCAGAAGAAGAGAUAUGCCGUCUAGUGGCUAAGUGGUUGCAUUUACCUGUGUCUGCUGCUGCAGCUGCUGCUGCAGCAGCAGCUGCUGCUGAAUCGCCAUUGGAGUUUAUGAGAUACAGAGAUGCUGCGGGGGCUGCGCAGCUGCAGCACUGUUUUGCUGCUGUCCUCCUGCUGCAGCUGCAGCAGCAGCAACAGCAGCAGCAGCAGCAGCAGCAGCAGCAGCAGCAGCACAGCAGCUGUCUCCGGGGCCUUGAGGUCAGCGGAGACAUCAGAGACAAUGAAGCCUGGGGGGAGUUUUGUGCUGCAGCAAACGACCGCAUUGCGCUGCUGCUGCGAGCUCUACCUUCUAGGCAAAUGCUGCAGCCAGCAGCAGCAGCAGCAGCAACAGCAGCAGCAGCAACAGCAGCUGCCACUGAAAAUGCGAGUGCUUUGUCAAUGGCAAACAACCAGCAGCAGCAGCAGCAGCAGAUAGAGUGUGAAGUGCUGCAGCGGCUGCUGCAGGUCCAGGCACGUUUGCUGCUGCUGCGGCAGCGAGCAGAAGAAGUUGCUGCUCCGCUGCUGCCGCUGCGGGUUGAUGAUGUUGCUGAGAGUGAGAAGGAGACAGCUGCUGCAGCUGCUGCAGCAGAGAGACACAGCACACACCCCAUCAGUGCAGCAGCAACAGCAGCAGCAACAGCAGCAGCUGCUGCUGCUGCUACAGUAGUAUCAGCAGCAGCCCACGACGCAGCACUAUCACCGUCAUCAUCAGCAGCAGGAGCAGCAGCAGGAGUAGCAGCAGGAGUAGCAGCAGGAACAGCAGCAGCAGCAGCAGCAGCAGCAGAAGCGACGCCUGAGGAUGAGCCUUUGCUUCUUGCUGCUCUGUCUCUCAUUGAGCUGCUGCUGCUGUCGCAGCAAAGUUUAAUUUAUUUGUCUUUGGGGGGCCCCGUGAUAGAGCUGCUGGCUCAGGCCCCUGAUCUGCUGCUGACGGACUGGCGCUGCAGCAGACUAGCAGCAGCACAGCGACGCAUACUCCGCCUCCUAGCUGACUCUCCUGCCUUUCACCAGCAGCAGCAGCAGCAGCAGCAGCAGCAGCAGCAGCAGCAGCAGCAGCACUGGCUGCUGCUCCCCGCUCUUGAGGUGCUGGAGCUCAACCGCCCCCACAGCGGCUCUGCUCUCUCGCGGCUGCUGACAGCAACAGUAGAGGAUGUUGCCUUCAGCUGCAGCAGCUGCUGCAGCAGCAGCUGCCGCUGCAACCGCAGCAAGAGCAGCAGCAGCAGCAGCAGAAGCAGCAGCAGAAGCAUCAGCGAUGAACGCUCCAAGGAAGAUAGCCGCUCUCCUACUGGGCGCUCAGCAGCAGCAGCAGCAGCAGGAAGACCAGGAGCAGCAGCAGGAGCAGCAGCAGCAGCAGCAGCAGAACUAAGACAGAGGGGGAGCCUCAGCCAGGUCCCUGAUGAAGACGAGCAGCACCAAAUACCCAGAGCUGCAGAUACACCCCAAUGGGCCUGGCACUACAGGCUCGCCAGGGGGCAGCUGCACAGCACAGACACAGAUAUCUCAGAGAACCAGCAGCAGCAGCAGCAGCAGCAGCAGCAGCAGCAGCAGCAGAAGCAUGAGGAGAAGGAGCAAGAGGAGGUGGAGGAACUGCAAAGGCAGCAGCAGAAGGAGGAGCAGCAGAUACAGCAGCAGCAGCAUAUACAGCAGCAGCAGCAGAUGCAGCAGCAGCAGCAGAUGCAGCAGCAGCAGCCGUUACAGCAGCAGCAGCAGGUAGAGCAGCAGCAGAACCUGCAGCUAUGCAUGCCGUCCUCUAGGAUAUCAGUUGGUGAGCUUGCUGCAGCAGCAUCAAGAGUAGCAGCAGCAGCAGCAACAGGAGGUAUUGAGGGGGGAGCCAUCCGCUGCUUUGCUGCUGCUGCUGCUCUUCGUCCGGCUGUCUUGGCGGCUUUUCUCUGUCACCCAGACGAGCUGCAGCAGCUGCUAGAACUCAUCACCAUCCUUUCUCUCCCUAAGCAGCAGCAGCAGCAGCAGCAGCAGGAGCAGCAGCAACAGCUGCAGCAGCAACAGCUGCAGCAGCUGCAGCAGCAGCAGCAGGAGCAGCAGCAGCAGCAGCAGUUGCUGCAGCCGCAGCAGCAGUUGCAGCAGCAGCAGCAGCAGGAGCAGCAGCAGCAGCAGCAGCAAGGGUGGGGUAAGGUGCUGAAGUCUGUAUAUAUUUGUAAUACUAUGUCUGGGCGUUUUCAUGUGCUUCGCAACUGCAGCAGGCGUGCUGCUGCUGCUGCUGCUGCAGCAGCUUCUGCAGCUGCUGCAUACGCUGCUGAUGAGGCCUGGAGGAAGCAGCUGUCAAUGCUUAAAGGUGCAGCAGAUGCAGCAGCAUCAGCAGCAGGAGCAGCAGCAGCAGCAGCAGCAGGGAUACCAAAUGCGGCCCCUGCCUACGCAGCAGCAGCAGAAGCAGCAGCAGGAGCAGCAGGUACAAUUGCUGCUGUAUCUGAGGCAUCAGCAGCAGCAGGAUGUGUAGCAGCAGAAGCAGCAGCAGCAGAAGCACAAGCAAGACAGAGUGAAGCAGCAGCAGCAGCAGCAGCAGCAGCAGCAGCAAACGAGCUUCAAGCAACAGAGAGACAACCCUAUAUGUCUAUCAGCAGCAGGAGAUACAAAGACACCCUGCUGCAGCUGCAGCCGCAGCUGCUGCCGUCUGUGCUGCGGCUGCACCUGAAGCGCUGCAGCUUGCUGCUGGUGCUGCUGAUCUGUCCCUCACUGCAGCAGCUGCUGCUGCAGCAGACAACUGUUAAUAUCAAUGCUUUGCUGCUGUCACUGGGCUGCUGCAGCAGCUCUCUGCGUCAGCUGUAUGUACACCGCGUGGGGGGGAGCCUGCAUCACCCCACAGAGCAGCAGGAGACAGAGGAGCAGCAACUGUCUCCUCAGCAGCAGCAGCAGCAGCAGCAGCAGCACAAUACAAUGCAGCAGCAGCAGGAAACAACUCAACCUGCUGCUGAUCCUGUUGCUGCUGCUGCUGCUGCAGCAGCAGCAGCAGGGAUAAUCCCUCCUCCUUCGUUUGGGGGGCUGGAGAGCAUCACAGUGCCAGGGGGUGGCGAGCAGCAGCAGCAGCAGCAGCAGCAGCAGUUGCAGCAGCAGCUGCAGCAGCAGCUGCAGCACAUGCAGCAGCUAGGUCCGCUGGUGCUGCCGCAGCUGCAGCAGUACGGGGGCACAGCUCGUGCGCUUUGUGCUGCAGCAGGAGGGUUGCUGCUGCCGGCUCUGAAGCGGCUGUGUCUUACUGAUGUUUCUUACUAUUUAUAUAAAUAUCAGCAGCAGCAGCAGAGGAAAGAGCUGCAGCAGCAGAAGCAGCUGCUGCAGCAGCAGAUACAGGAAGAUGAGCAGCAAGGACGGCCGCUGUAUGCUACCGAUUGGUCUGUAAUGCACCGCCGCAUUUAUGUCUACGACUGCAGCAGCAGCAGCAGCAGCAGCAGCAGCAGCUGCAGCAGCAACAAGAGAAUAUCCAGCAGAAGAGAGAGAGAAGGAGAGCUGCUGAUGGAGUUCCUAUCGAAGCAUAUACAGCAGCUAGAGGUGUUGAGUGUAGAUGGGCCAAUACCAUUCCCCUUUUGUUCUCGUGCUGCUGUUGCUGCUGCUACUGCUGCUACUUCUGCUGCUACUCCUGUUGCUGCUGCAGCAAGAGCUGCUGCUGCUUACAAACUCCAGCACCUAGGCAUCGGCCGGCUGCAGCACGGGCGCCGCAGCUUCAGAAGCAAAAGAAAAGGAGACAGUUGGAUGGGGAGACACCGCAGCAGCAGCAGCAGCAGCAGGAGCAGCAGCAGCGGCAGCGAGAGCAGCAGCAGCAGCAGCAGCAGCAGCGAUGAGAGCGACAUGGAUACAAGCAGCAGAAACAACGGGGGUGGCUACGACACGGAAACAGAGACAGCAGCAGCAGAGGGGGGUUCAGCAGCAGCAGCAGCAGCAGCAGCAGCAGCACCAGAGCCCUUCACUGUCUCCUGUCUCGGUUCUUCUCUGCUGCUGCCUUCUCUCGUCUCUCUUGCUGUUGGUGGUGGGGUGUCUAUACACUGCAUGCGCCGGCUGCUGCCUGCCUCAAGGAUAAAGUUUUUGUUUGUGGGUGCUAUUGCUGCUGAUGCUGAUGUUAUAGACUGCUGCAGGAUGACAGCAGCAGCAGCAACAACAGCAACAGCAGCAGCAGCAGCAGAAGGAGCACCAUCACAGACACAAAUACCAGCAGCAGCACCACCAAUAGGAGACACAGCCAUCAACUCAAAGACACUGCAGCAGCUGCUGCAGGCUGCAUGCGAGCUGCAGGUCUUCGCGCUGCAGCAGCUGCCCCCCAAUAUACAUCUGCAUGUAUUGGAGGCUAGGCUG